GUAUUCUGUUGUUCACAGAGCGAUCACAAUGGGGAAAGGCUGCAUGAAGGCAAUCAAGUACUUCCUGUUCCUCUUCAAUGUCCUCUUCUUCCUGUUUGGCGCCCUCAUCAUGGGGUUCGGACUGUGGGUCCUUCUGGACAAGGAGAGCUUCAUGGUCAUCCUGCAAGAGUCCUCCACAGCGCUGAAGAUAGCUUCCUACAUCCUGAUAGGUGUCGGUGGUCUCUCCAUGUUGAUGGGCUUCCUGGGUUGCCUGGGGGCUAUCUACGAGAUCCGCUGUCUGCUGGGCCUGUACUUCACCUGCCUGCUGCUGAUUCUGAUUGGUCAGGUGGCAGCCGGUGUACUCAUCUACUUCCAGAAGGACCUGCUAAAUAAGGAGAUGUCCAACAUCGUGACCCAGAUCCUGAGCAACUACCCUGGGAAGAACAGCACCACCGAGCAGGCCUGGGAUUACAUACAGAGGACGAUGGAGUGUUGUGGAUGGAGUGGUCAUAUGGACUGGCAUGGUAAUGCUGUCGUAGUGAACAGUUCCCAGCUGUUGUUCCCGUGUUCCUGUCAGAACGUGUCUCUGGUUGAGGGUAACUCCUCCUCCGACAGUGGUUUCUGUGAGGCACAGUCAAAUGAUUGGCCCGUCUACGACAGGGGCUGUAACUCCAGUGUAGAGAGCUGGCUGUUUGCCAACGUUGGAGUGAUCCUGGGGGUCUGCCUGGGAGUGGCUGUCAUCGAGCUCCUGGGUAUGAUCCUGUCCAUAGGGCUGUGUAAGAGCAUACACACUGAGGAUUACACCAAAGUGCCAAAGUACUGAAGAUGAUGACGGGGGAUGCUAUGACACACACACACACACACACACACACACACACACACACACACACACACACACACACACACACACACACACACACACACACUGUGCAGAUGUUUAUUUGCUUUCAUUUCUUUUGUUUAAUUUGUUUUUGUUUUUUUGUAUUUUUGGGGGGGGGGGCACUUGUCUUUUCUCUCUGUCCAGUUUCCAUCGGAGCACUUUAGAGACUGUAGUUAUGGAUUAGAGAGGAAGACGAGAGCAGACCGGGUCACAGAGACAAACAGGAAAGAGAGAUGUGGAGAAAGUGAGGACAGGAAGAGUGGAGAGAGGACAGAGAAGACGAGGAUGUAGAAAGAGAUGGAGGGUCGUCUCGUACCCUCGGCAGAUGCAGUCUACCACAUACUUGACUUCUGGGGAAAGAUCCAUUUUAUCAUCAGGAAUCGAUCAUGAUCGGCGUUGUUUGUCAGCUCUCAUAGGGUCCAAUCCUAACUUCAGAUAUAGAUGGGUAACUAUCAUGAUCGGCGUUGUUUGUCAGCUCUCAUAGGGUCCAAUCCUAACUUCAGAUGUAGAUGGGUAACUAUCAUGAUCGGCGUUGUUUGUCAGCUCUCAUAGGGUCCAAUCCUAACUUCAGAUAUAGAUGGGUAACUAAUCAUGUUUUGAAAAUGUAAAAAUAUGAGAUUUUCAAUUGGAGAAUUUAAUUAGGAGAUUUGUGAAAAUGUGAGUUGCGUUCGCCGAUCUCAAGUUCGGUUAACGGUCGUUUAUUGAGUUGACCUGACUAGAAGACGAAGAGUUCGGGUUAUUGGACUCCUGGAAAAUAAACAACGUUUAUAUUUUUAAUUUUCUGUUCUUCAGUGUCUUGAGGAGUUAUGCAUUUUUGUUUGUUAUAGUACCUUGUAUAUAAUUUAGUUUGGUAUUUCGUGAGCCUCUGAAUCUGCGGUUUCUUUGUGAUGUUUUUGUUGUUUUUCGAUGUAUUUUUCAUUUUUUGUGCAGUUUUGAUAUUUUUCUUGAUCAUUUUGUUUAAAGUAAAUAGGAAUAAUGAGAUACUGAAGAGGACCAAGAUUCUGCUACUUUAAAGUAGGGGAGGGGGGGGGGGUCUUGGCCCGUAGGGGGGGGCUUCCCCAACUGGUGGCCCACAGGGGAUAUUAUUUGCUGCCUUACGUUUUCUUAGCUAGAUAUAUAUAUGUAAAUCUGUUCUAUAGUAUUCCCACGCGUAACAGAGGGAUAUAUCUGACUGUAUACAAAUCUAAACAAGCUUUGAAAUGAACAAGUUUAAGAUAAAUAUUAUAUCUAUUUGGUCUUCUUGAGGUCAAUUUUCAGUCUACAAAUGAUUUGUGUUCCGGCUCCUUGACCAUCCGCUCAAGAAACAAAUCAUCCCUCUGCUGAAUCUAGUGAAUGACUGCUCUUAAAAGGGGUUGCGCUCUUAAUUAUCCCACAGUGGCAAAGAAAGUCUCCGUUUACAAUUAUCUUUUGAUGACAAACAGAAUACUUUGUUAUGAAGUUUAUGUUGAUUGUGGCAUCUUUUCGGGUUGUGAGUUACUCUGAAGCAUUUUCAUCUUUUCAGGUUGUGAGUUACUCUGAAGCAUUUUCAUCUUUUUUUUGUGAUGACGGCUUUCACGUAAAUAUCUCAUUUUCCUUCAGAAGACAAACAUACUGUGUUUCGUUAAGAAAUGAACCAUUUUGUUUUAACCCUGAUCAACAAAAAAAAAUUGUUAUGUGACCUUUUUCUGUGAGUGAAGAGCAAAUUUAAAUAACAGAAGCUGGGUUCUGUUUUUUGUUUUUGUUUUUUUAAGAGGAAAAACGUCCAUUUUGUUCUUGAGAAAAUAUCCAUUUUGGACCAGAAAUUCUUUAUGUACAGUAAAUCAUUCCGAUUUAAAUUCAUGUAUAUUAUUAAACUUUGAAUUAAGGUUUUUGUUUUAUAUUUAGGCUUUUCUUCUUUUGAUAACCUUUGACCUUGGAGUCAUUUUCUUUUUUUACCGGUAGGACUAUUAAUUUAGAACUUGAACUUCUGUCUACUAGCUUGAUCAGUCGACGUAUACUCACCCCAUUGACUCUGUUUUGAUUUGGUCAAUAAACAUUGAAUAAGACUGA